AUGCCUGAAAUAGAUAAACUCGAAAUGGAUAAAUUUGAAAUGAAUGGAUUUGAAAUGUAUGAAUUUAAAAUAAGUGAACAUGAAUCAGAAAUCAACUUGCUACUUGAUGAUCAACAAUUAAUACAAGAUAUCGAAGAAUAUACUUGUCUGAUUAAUCAACCAGCUAAAACUGAAGAUGUAUUAACUGAUGAAGGUAUUAUUGAAAUGGUUAUUCAUAAAUUUCAUAAUAGUGAUGAUAAAUUAGAUGAUAAAGAAAGAUCACCACCGUCUUUUUCAAUAACUAUAAUAGAAGCAAUUGAUGCACUAAAAAAA